UAAUCGAACGCCUAUCGCGCAGCAGAAGAGCUACAAGAUGGCGCAGGCAAUAUUUGAAGUGCUGGAAGGCAUGGACAACCAGACAGUCCUGGCGGUCCAGUCUCUGCUAGACGGUCAAGGCGGAGUUCCUGAUCCAAACAACCAGAAUGUGUCGGGGACGUCCACCAUUCAGUCCAUGGAUGACGAGGACGUGUUUCUGUGUGGAAAAUGUAAGAAACAGUUCAACUCUCUGCCAGCGUUCAUGACACACAAGAGGGAGCAGUGCCAGUCCAGCGCCCCCUCUCUGUCCACGGUGUCCUUGGCCUCCACUAAUGCCUACACCCCUGUCCCAUCCAUCAGCUCGGGGCCGCAGACUCCUGCAAACAGACAGGUAUCAACAUACAUCACAGUCCCUCCCUCUCCGCUCACGCACACGCUGGUCCAAGGAAACGUCCUGGUCAGUGACGAUGUUCUUAUGUCUGCAAUCUCAGCGUUCACCUCCAUCGAUCAGCCCAUGGCUGCCAUGCAGACGCCCAUACAGAGUAACCUGAGCAUGCACACAGCUGGUGUAUCCUAUCUACAGCACCAUCAUCAUCACCACCACCAUCAUCAUCAUCACCAGCAGCAACAGCAGCAGUCUUCCCACCCUCUGCCCUCCUCUCAGACACAAGCCCACCCCCUACCGGGGGGACAGCCCCCUCAGCAGCCGCUCUCCUCACAGGUCCCUGCCAGCCACAGUAACUCUGUGGUUCAGGUGUACAGCACGCUGCCCCACAUGGCAGGAGGUGGCGGUGCAGAGAUCCACACCCUUGGUCUGCAGCCUUUCCACCCUGUACAAGUGCCCAGUCAGUGUGUGGAGAGUCAGUCAUUCACCACCCCUCCCGUCUACAGUCCUGGGAAACAAGGCACUAAAACAAAGAUCUGCAGCAUCAACACCAACCUGACUGAGCUGGGCGACUUUGAAAAGGUCAUCAUCCCCAAACGGCCGAGGAACAGCAAGAAGAGCCCUGAUGGAGCCACCGCAGAGCAGCUGAAAGGAAAAGGACCAAAGCUGAAGUGUAACUUCUGUGACAAAAUCUUCUCAAAAAACUUUGAUCUUCAGCAGCACAUCAGGAGUCACACCGGAGAGAAACCGUUUCAGUGCAUCGUCUGUGGCCGAGCUUUUGCCCAGAAGUCCAACGUGAAGAAACACAUGCAGACUCACAAGGUGUGGCCGAUGGGUGUGGCCAGCACAGUGUCGAGAUUACCGAUCACAGUAAAGGUGGUACCAGUGCCGUCCAGUGAGGAGGAGGGAGUUCAGGAUCAGCAGCAGCAGCCGGGUGAACCUGAGGAGGUGGAGGGAUCUCAGCAGCAAAACAUUCAGACACAAGCAGAUGAAGAAGCAGCACAAACAGAAGCUCCAGGAGAAUUGGAGGAGAGCGCCACAGAGGCUCGAGCCGAUCUGGAGGUCAGCCCAGGUGAAAACGUCCAGAACGGUCAGCAGGUGCAGCAGCAGGUUCAGUCAAACCAGAACCAACAGUGCCAGUCUCAGACCAAACAGAUUGUUGUGAUCGACAGCUCCUACCAGUGCCAGUUCUGUGCCAGCAAGUUCAAAACCUACUUCCAGCUCAAGUCACACCUGACGCAGCACAAAGGAGAGCAGGUGUACAAGUGCGUGCUGAAGUCCUGCUCCCAGACCUUUCAUAAGUUGGAUCAGUUUCUGGAGCACAUCAGGACUCACCAGGAGCAGCUGACCUACCGCUGCCACCUCUGCAGUAAGGUGUUCCCUUCUCUGUUUGAACUGGGAGUGCACCAGUACUCCCACUGCUUCUGCCCACAACAGAACACGCGCAAGGAAACCACCGUCUACAGGUGUGUGAAGUGUCAGAGCAGAUAUUCCACCCAGGAAGCUCUGGAACAACAUCUACUGACCGCCUCUCACAACUACCCCUGCCCUCACUGUCAGAAGGUUUUCCCUUGUGAAAGAUACUUCAGACGUCACCUCCCCACGCAUGGCGUUGGUGGGAGGUUCAAGUGUCAGAUCUGCAAGAAGGCAUUUAAGACCGAGCACUACCUCAAACUACACACACGCAUUCACUCAGGUGAGAAGCCGUACAAAUGUUCCCUCUGUGAGGCGACGUUCAACAGGAAGGACAAAGUAAAGCGACACAUGCUGAUCCAUGAACCUUUCAAGAAAUACAAGUGUCCCUUUAGGUCCCAUGUGGGCUGUACCAAAGAAUUUAACAGACCAGACAAACUCAAAGCCCACAUCCUGUCACAUUCUGGUAUCAAACCCUACAAGUGUCUGUUCUGUCAGAAGGCGUUCAGCCGCAGAGCUCACAUGCUUGAGCAUCAACAGUCCCACACUGAUAACUACCGCUUCAGAUGCUCCUCCUGCAACAAGGGCUUCACCAGACAGAGCUACUACAGAGAUCACAAAUGUCCCACGGCAGGCAACGGGACGGGAGCAGAGGGGGAGACAGAGGAGGUGGAGGAAGAUGAGGCUGAAGGAGCAUCAAUGGCAGAGGAAAAAGAUGGGGAGGAAGUAGGAAGGAGAAGUACGUUUACGAGAAAAGCAGAAAGGACAGAGACUGAGGGAGACGAUGGAGAGGAGGAGGAGGAAAGUUUAAAGAACAUAGAAGAGCCGGUGGAGACACAGGAGGAGGAGGAGGGGGAGGGGAGGACUGAUGAGGGCUGUCAGGCUGCAAUGUCUAUCUCAGCCAUUGAAGGACAGACGGAAAGAGAAGAGGAGGAUAACAGGAUCGAACAUGGAGAUGAAGCACUGGAGCAGAUUCAGAGCAAUGACCAAAACUGUUUACAGCAGCCAUGUUUGUAGUUUUUACCCUCAUUAUAGUAUGAAUGAUUCCUGGGCAUGGACCAAACUCACUCUCUUAAACAUUAUUUAUUAAAACUGUCAGAGUCUGGGAUAUUUUCUAAGUAUUUGUUUUAAAUUAAAACAAUAUUUAAAUUAUUUGCACUGAUUUUACUUAUUUUACUGUGAAUGGUUGCAUCCUGUUUGUUACCUGUUUAAUUUAUUUUGCUAAAAUAAGAGCGGACCAUUUUCAUGUUUUUGUGUUCAGCUAUGGCAGUUCUUUAAAAAUGCUGUGAUGUCAAGAGCAAUGGAAGUACUUUCUAUGAUUUAUGUCACAAAACUAAUAUAUAAGCUUUCACUUGUCCUGCAGUAUUUUUUAUGUUUAUAAAUGCUUUAUUUUGAAAACUAAUAACAUCCUCCUUUUAUUAAAAUGGAUGAUCAGUUGUUUUUGCAUGCACACAGGGUAUUCUACAUGUCAGUGUACCGUCGUCCCACUGCUAUCUUUAACUAAGGGUGCAGCUGAUGUUCCUCUGUUGUUUUGCAUCAAUUUAAAGGUCACAUAUUAUGCAGAUUACAUUUGU